AUGACGGGUGAAGUCAUUCGAUGCAAGAGGAAUGAGACACUGAUUGCUAUGAUCUCCAAGCUAGGGAGGACGUUUCAAGGCAACGCCAACUGCAUGGCAUCAGAUAUAACAGCUUCGCGGAUCAUGGUCUGCGUACUGAAGACGAGUGUACAAGAGAGCGGCAAAUUCCUCCGCUCAUUUUGGGAACUCGAGAGCGUGGGAAUAUCAGACACCGUUGAUAAUGAGAGCAGGCUCAGUCCACUAUUGAUGAAAUUCGAAGAAACCAUCACUCUUAGGAACGGAAGAUACGAAGUGAUGUUGCCCUGGAAGGAAGAGGUCGAGCUCUCGGACAACAAGCAAGUUGCAAUAACAAGACUUUGGAAACUCAUCACCCGACUGUCGAGCAAGAAAGGACUUUUGGAGACGUAUGACAAUACCAUACGGGAGUACCUGCGGGCUGGAUAUGCGGAGAUUGUUGAAGGGCCACCCCUGGAUCCGACAAAGGUUUAUUACAUGCCGCACAGGGAAGUGAUUCGAGAGCACGCAACAAUCACAAAAGUCAGAAUACUUUUUGACGCUUCUUUGCACGCCAAAGGGUGCUUCUCAGUAAAUGAAUGCCUCGAAAAGGGUGACAACCUGUAG